AUGGAUGUCGAGGAGUACCAGAACCUGCUCUGUCCGGUGGGUUACGACGAGCAGAUGCUGCAGGAUCAGCAAGAGAUGCUGUUGCUGCAGCAGCAGUUGCAGAGAGGAGCUGAGCAGGAAGAGCGCAAGGAACGGUCGUGGCGCAUGACGUACAUCGUGGGCGUCCCCACCCUGCUGCUACCGCUACCGCUCUACAUGAAUAGCAAGGCCGGGUGGUGCGUCUACUGCAUGGUGUGGAUGGCCAUGUACUGGACCACCGAGAUCAUCCCGCUGCCGGCGACGGCGUUGCUGCCGCUGGCCAUGUUCCCGCUCCUGGGCAUCCUCAGCACCGGCGAAACGACCAACCUGUACUUCAACAACAUCGGCUUCAUCAUCCUGAGUUCACUGACGCUGGCUGCUGCCGUGGAGAUCACCAACCUGCACAAGCGCGUCGCCCUCAAGUCUCUGCUCAUCUUCGGCAUGAGCAAGCGAAGGAUAGUGUUCGCUAUCAUGAUGAUCAGCAUGUUCAUGUCCUUGUGGAUCCCCAACACGGCGUCGGCCUCCAUCAUGGGUCCCAUCACUUUAGCCGUGGCCGACCAGAUGCAGAAGUCGUCGCACAAGUUCGGGAGAGGGUUUCAACUGCGAAAGGACAUUGCCAGCGCUGUGGACAAGGAGCAGCUGCAUUCGAGCGAGAUAGCGGCGUACGUGCGCAAGAUGAUGCUGUUGUCGGUGACGUACGCGUGCAACGUCGGCGGCACCGGCUCGCUCAUCGGCACCGCGCCGAACCAGAUCCUCAAGAACAUCUUCGACCAGCGGUUUCCGGAAUCAAACGAGCUGACGUACGCCUGGUGGAUGCUGCUUAACGGGCCCGCCAUGAUCGUGCUGGUACUCCUGGCGUACGCUUACGUCCAGUGGAGCAUCGAGCGCAAGGGUGGAGCUACCAUGCUGGGAGCUGCGGCCGAAGCCAAGCUGACCGCUGAGGUAACACGCAGGUACAACGACCUGGGACCGUUGUCGUUUGCGGAGGCAACGGUCGUGUUCAUGGUGGUGUUGAUGGUGCUCCUGCUACUCACGAUGAAGCCGCAGAUCCUGCCCGGAUGGUCCUCGCUGUUUCCGGAACCGCAUUACAUCCGGGCGUCGGUGCCGAUGGUGUUGGUGUCCGUGCUGCUGUUCGUGAUUCCGCGCAACCCAACCAUGAACGAAACGGUUCCCAUUCUGAACUGGGACGACGUCAACAACCGCGUCUCCUGGGGCACCGUGCUUGUCAUCUGCGGCGGCAUGACUCUCGCCGAAGCGUCCAAGGCACGUCCGGGUGUGCUGAUGAACCUGAUGACGGUGGCGGGCGAAAUCCUGUCCGUCCACCUGGUGGCAAUGUACCUGCUCGGCCUUGACUCGAUGCCCUGGUGGGCCAAGGAGUACAGCAUCAGCUUGGUCGGCACCAACAUCACUCACCUGGCCCGCGCUGCACGCCGUGCCGGCGUCGAUGUCGCCGACUCCGUGGCACCGCCGGGACCGCACGCGCGCUGGUAG